CUCACACCGCUAUUACAAUACCCUGAGUUCCAGCUCCUACAACACUUCGCCCACUACAAGCCUGAUCCCACGAUGGUCGCAUGUUCAGAGUGCAGAAUUCGCAACAAACCAUGCUCUCUUGAAAAGAAUCCCAAGAAGCCCAAAUGCAUGGCUUGCGUUAGGAGGAGGACUCCUUGCGUCCUCACGGACUCUCCGACGACACGAUCCACCCACAAAGUACAGAAAAGAACCGGCAAUGGGCAGGGUCGAGGGGGGAACACCUUGACCCAAGCACCACCGAUAAACUCCGUCGGUGACCUUUGUCCUAGAAAUCCUUGUGGUAUCAAUAAGGUGAUAAUAGCGAUCGACGCGGGAACUGCCUACAUGAAGAGCGCAUUCAAGGUUGUGGAAAGCCGUGAGAAGAUCAAUCCAAAGGUCGGCGUCGAUGGCAACAUCCUGCCAGGAAUUAGAAUUAUCGUUUGGCCUAAUCAACUUCAGUUCAUCGAAACCCAGAUCGGAUAUGAAUGGUGGGAAGACCAGGUCACGGGAGAGCUUGUAUACCGGCAGCUUUGGGGCAAGGAGGUCACAAUUGCUCUUGACGAAGGCCGCAUUAAUUCGGAUUUCGUCUUUCGAUGGCUCAAGCCAGCGAUCUACACCGAGGGUACACGACGCGCUGCUCAACAGCGAAUCGAGCAUCAAAUCGACAAGCUACCUCAAGCCAUUCAGUUCUCCGCUUCUGACGAGUUACGACCUGGGGACACUCGACGAUUGACGUUUCUUGAUAUCUUCUCUGACUUUAUGGGUCAUGCCUGGAGGUAUAUUCUACGCAAAAUAAAGGGACAAUACCCCGAGCUUCCGUGGCCAGACCCAUCCGAUGUGGAAGCAUACCGACACUUUGAUCCGUGCGAGUACACGGCGGUGGAAACAGUCUUGCCCAUGCCGGCAGAUAGUAAGCCGCAUCACGUCGAGCUGGCGAUUCGUGCCGCUGUUCGAGCGAAGAUCCCCAGACCCCAGCCUGUCGCGGAGCCUGCCGCAGCCUAUGCGUUCGACAUCCAGAGGAGGACUGAUGCCCAUGGACCUCUUGACAAGAGUGGGUGUACGAUAGCGGUGGACGUCGGCGGCGGCUCGGUGGACUGCCAAGCGUACUCAUCUGCUCAGCUAAGCCCUCUCGUGGUCAGAGAGGAAGUUGAAGGCGCCGACGAAUGGUGCGGAGGUAAUCGCGUCAACGAGACAUGCCGUGCCAUCGUCAGAGAAAGGUGCCAGCCUAUGAUGCCGCGUAUCCUGGACGCUCUAAGGGCUCAUGGCAGAUCGAUGGACGAGAAUCAGUUCCUGAACGAAAUAGAGGCUCUCUUCGAGAACAAAAAGCGGUGGUGGUCCCCAGGCGAAACUUUGUCGUUGAACAUUCCGGGCUUGCCAGAGAUCCCCGUAAUCGGACUUCGAAGGAAUACCCUGGACCUAUCAGCAGAGGACGUUACCAAUGCCUUCGACUCUUCGAUCACCCCUAUCACAUGCAUGAUAGACAAAAUGAUCGAAAAAUUCCACACCAGGCAUCCACUCUCUCGCGAUGGUUCUGGAGCGCGGAUCUCGGAGAUUCUCCUUGUCGGGGGUGGCAGUUCAUCUCCAUUCCUAAAAGCCAAGCUCCGGAAUCGUUAUUGCCGUCCCAAAAAUGAAGCAACACCGUAUCCCAUCACUGUUCGUGAGACGGACAAAGACGGAAUGGGCGCUGCGACCUGCAUCUCUCAAGGGGCGGUUUUGCUUAGAAUGGACAGCUGUUUCGUGACGGAAAGGGUCAUUAGACGUGGAUAUUGCGUUAAGAUCGACGAAGAGAGCCUUCCAGGCGAUCGAAAGAAUCCAUUGGUCAAAGUACUACGCGAUCCGCACGACGGCUAUUACAGUCGCAUCGACGUCACCAGCUUUUUGAUCCGAAUAGGGGAACGAAUUGGACACCACCAUCAGGCGUUUGGGCCGGAAGGCUGCUGGCGUGGCUUGUUCCUGGAUGAGAAGACCGAAACCGGGUGGGUUCUGGAAGAACAGAUUUUCUACUCUGAUGAUAUCUCAGAGGAUGGACUUUGGAUCGACCAUCCACGCCACAGCAGCAUCCAUCCCUGUGGAAUGCUCAAAGUGUAUCUCACGGAGGACGACUGUAGGUUCUUUGAGACGAGGACCUCACCGGUAAGAGAGAGAGAAUACAAGUACCUGGAGUAUCAGGUACAGUUCGAGAUCAGAGGGAUUGUGAUGACGUAUGAAAUCAUCAUUCCACGAGGCGGAAAGUUUGUUAAAGAUGGCGACGGUGGUUACGGCAUAAAUCCAAUUCGAAAGACGGCAGAGCUCGACGCCUCUGGAGUCUUUGGCCUAUUCAAUGUCGACAGGCCGCGAACGGAAAUUUGAGAGCAUCGGUCGCGCGACUUUGGAAAUGUUGGUGAAAGGAUGGUGCCGACUGUGUUAAUGGGUUCUGCCGCUGGGAAUGCCGCCUCCAGUAGCAUAGGUCUUUAAACGAGUGAAUUGAAUACGGU